ACAAAUUAAAAUCUUUGAACUUUCAAUUUAAAAAGAGUCCCAUUUGAUUCAUGCUUCUUCUCUUUUUAUCUCUUUCUCCAGAGAUCAAGAGAGCUGCUUGAAAUUUUUACUUGAGAAAACUCUCUUCUCCUUUCUUUGAUUUCUCCUCUUCUCAGAGGAUGAGGAGCUUGUGAUGUAAGAUUGUAGAUUCUAAGGUUAAUUUUUUUUAAGGGGGCAAUGCAGUUGCUUCAAUUGAAUUCGAGUGUUACAAAGGGGCAAAGCAAUGGAGGAAAUAAUCGUGCUUUGUUGUAUCUCAAUGUAUAUGAUCUUACACCUAUAAAUAAGUUCCUUUACUGGUUAGGCCUUGGUGUAUUUCAUUCUGGGAUUGAAGUAUAUGGAUCGGAGUACGGCUUUGGAGCACACGAGUACCCUACAACUGGGGUGUUCGAAGUAGAACCAAGAAGUUGUCCUGGUUUCAUAUUCAGACGAUCGGUAUUGUUGGGCAGCACCGACAUGUCUCGUUCAGAAUUUCGGUUAUUUAUGGAAGAACUUUCGCAAAAAUACCGUGGGGACACGUAUCAUUUGGUUGCUAGGAAUUGCAACCAUUUCACCGAUGACGUGUGCAUGCAGCUCACUGGAAAACAUAUUCCUGGGUGGGUAAAUAGGUUGGCUCGAUUAGGUUCGUUUUGCAAUUGUUUACUUCCAGAAAGCAUUCAGAUUCCAGCAGUUUGGCAUGUUCCUGAUCGUCCAGCAUUUUCCGAUGAUGAGAGAUCGAAUUCGGCUGGAACUUCUUUAACGGGGGAGAGCGAGGAAGAGGAAGCAGAUCAUCAUCUACUGACAACACCGAAUAUCGAUGUUGCAUUUCUCAAAGAAAAGCCAGUGAGGAUUGCCAAAGAACUCCUAUGAAGGUCCUUUCUAUUUGUUGUUCUUCAAAUGCAUGGUCCCAAAUGCAUCACAGAACAUAUAUAUAUAUUAUACCUCUUCAUUUUUAUUCCAAAUUGUAUGAUCAAUUGAUCAUCAUUCCAUAAUUAAUUCCUUUACUAGUGUGGAAAGAUUUUGAUUUUGAUUUUGAAAGCCAUCAUCACUUUUAACCUUCAA